AUGCCUAACAAAAAGUUAAACUUAACGGCUGCGUCCACCUAUGUGGUGUCGGAGGAGGCUCUUCGGCGGGUGUCGAUUGCCAACCGAGUCGCCGAAAGCGUCCCUUGGGCCAACACAUACCUGGUGGUUGGAAUGCUCGAGCAAUUUAAAUACAACGAACAAUGUUUUAUUAACAUCCUCCGCGGCUGGAGGAUGUUAGGAAGACGGAGGGAAUUCGGACGAGGAGGUGCGAGAGGAAGUGAGAGAGGAGGUGAGAGAGUGCGUGAAAGAGGAGGUGAGAGAGUGCGUGAAAGAGGUGAGAGAGUGCGUGAAAGACAGGAAGAAAGGGAUUUGGAAAGAAGAGCGGAACACAUAGUAGUGAGAGGCCUAAUGGAUGAAGAGAGGAGGGCAGAGAGAAGAGGAAGAGAAGAAGGGGACAGGCAUAAUGAACACUACUACAAUCGACACAAUGGGGGGAAUCAAAAUGACGACCUAGAAGAUGGAGAAUCAAAUUAAUUUCAUUUUUUUUUGCAAUAUUUCUAAUUUAAGAUACAAUUUA